AAUUUCUCAUUUUUCACCAUUUGUUCAUCCUUUUAACUUCACUUGCAAUUCCCUCCAUCCACAUCUAUAAAUACACCCUCCUUUCCUCCCACCUUCCUCAUCUCAUCUUCUUUAAUUCCUCUACUAUCUCAAUCUGAAUUUUGAGACAUGGGCUUUCUUGGGAUUUCUCUACUAGCCCUUCUCUCCUUAUUCAGCUCUGUUCAUUGCUCCGGAGAUGGAUGGUCCAGUGCCCAUGCCACUUUCUAUGGAGGUGGUGAUGCUUCUGGCACAAUGGGAGGAGCUUGUGGGUAUGGAAAUCUUUAUAGUCAGGGGUAUGGGACUAACACAGCUGCAUUGAGCACUGCUCUUUUCAACAAUGGAAUGAGCUGUGGAGCUUGUUAUGAGAUCAAAUGCGUCGCCGAUCCGGAAUGGUGUAAGCCGGGAUCGAUCGUGGUCACUGCAACCAACUUCUGCCCACCUAACAAUGCACUGCCAAACAAUGCAGGAGGGUGGUGUAAUCCACCCCAACAGCACUUUGAUCUCUCUCAGCCAGUCUUCCAAAACAUUGCUCAGUACAAAGCUGGAAUAAUACCUGUUCAAUAUAGAAGGGUCCCUUGUCAGACGAAAGGUGGCAUCAGGUUCACCAUCAAUGGCCACUCCUACUUCAACCUGGUCCUCAUCAGCAACGUGGGAGGUGCUGGUGAUGUUGUCUCAGUCUCCAUCAAAGGGUCCAGAACUGACUGGCAGCCCAUGUCUAGGAACUGGGGCCAGAACUGGCAGAGCAACGGCUAUCUCAACGGCCAAUCUCUCUCUUUCAAAGUCACCACAAGUGAUGGACGCUCCAUAAUCUCAAACAACGUGGCACCUUCUAAUUGGGCCUUUGGCCAGACCUACAGUGGCAUGCAGUUUUAAACACCCCAACUGCCCAUAACUAACAAAACUCCCCUAAAUCUAGCACAUUUCCUCUAACUUUAAUAGUAUUAACUCCCUUUACAUACAUAUGGUCUUGUUAUAGUCUGGUGGGCCCUUUUUUAAAAAUGGGCCAUCGAUGGUUUGUGUCUGAUUUCAUUGGUUUUGGCCAAAGUAGCAGUUGAAUUUACACCAUAAGGUUGGUGUAAAUCCUAAGGUCUGACAUAUUUAGAGGACUUCUGCUAAAUUUAGGGAAGAGUGUGACUUUUAGUGUGGUGAGGUGGGCAUGGUUUGUCACCCACCCAUGAAUGGCAUUGUAGCAUUGGUGAAGAUGGGAUUAUAUACCAAUGCAAGUGUGUAUUUCUUUUGUUUUGAGUGAGAAAAGGUCAUUUUAGUUAUGUGGGGCUAUAGACAGACUGCUAUGUGUAAAUCUUUUGUUUGUGAGAAAUAAUUGAAGGUUGAAGCUUUACAUCA